AGUUAAAAAAAAGUGACUUAUGUUCCUUAUCUGCAUGGCGUUUUAAGUCGGUAUUAUCCACCUCUAAAAUUUGAUAAUGCACCGAGAUAAAGAAAGUGCUGCGGACAAAGUCUGGGUUUUCAACAUGUCUUCAAGUCAAAGUUCACUCUCUGCAAUAAACCAUCCAUGAUAAUGACAUACACAACACCCUUAGGAAUAAUACUUCAGCUCAUCAUGUGCGAGUCAUUUCAUGUGGACAAAUAUUCGGAUUAUUGACAAAAGCACGAAGGAGUCGCGGAAUGUCUCAAAGUUUAACAGACGUUCGGCAGCAAUGGGAAAGCCUGGAAGAAGAAUACCAGCGUGCUCAGGAGACGCACAGAUUGUACCUUCAGAAACUGGAUGAAAUUACCAGACUGCAAAACAGCUGCUCUUGCUCCAUUUCCCAUCAGCGAAAAAGACUCAAGGAGAUGUCCUCCAUGGUGAACAAAUGCAGCAAAGGACUCUCAGAGGAAGAAGCAAGGAGCCUCGGUCAAAUCAAAGAGAAAAUUAAAAUUCGACCCAACGCUUUCUCUGAAAUGGAGGGCUUCCUCCCCAAGAAGAAUGGGCUGUACCUCAGCCUGGUUCUUGGCAAUGUGAAUGUCACUCUUCUCAGCAAACAGUCAAAAUUCGCCUACAAAGACGAAUAUGAGAAGUUCAAGCUGUACCUCACUUUUGUCCUGCUGCUGUUCUCCUUUGUGUGCUAUUUCUUUGUCAGCUACAGAUUUCUUGACGCAAUCCUUAACUUCCUGCUGGUGUGGUAUUAUUGCACAUUAACAAUCAGGGAAAGCGUCCUCAUCACCAAUGGCUCCAGAAUUAAAGGCUGGUGGGUUUUCCAUCAUUACAUCUCAGCUUUUCUGUCCGGUGUAAUGCUCACAUGGCCCGAUGGCAACCUGUACAAGGUAUUCCGGAACCAGUUCCUGGCGUACUCCCUUUAUCAGAGUUUUGUUCAGUGUCUGCAGUGUUAUUAUCAGAGUGGAUGUCUGUACAGACUCCGAGCGCUAGGGGAAAGACACAACAUGGAUCUGACUGUGGAGGGAUUUCAGUCCUGGAUGUGGAAGGGGCUGACGUUUCUUUUGCCUUUCCUGUUUUUCGGUCAUUUCUGGCAGCUCUUCAAUAGCGUCUCUCUCUUCAGAAUGGCUCAGCUCCCAGACUGCAAAGAAUGGCAGGUUUUGGUGUGUGGCCUCUGCUUCUGCAUUCUGUUCCUGGGAAACUUCUUCACAACGCUCGCUGUGGUCUAUCAGAAGUUCAAGAGGAGGAAUCAAAAACCAAAGAGUCUUUGACACAUUCACAGUCCUAAUAAUUCAUCAAAAAUAAGGACCAAGUAUAUGUUUUUUAAAAAGUGCAUAAAUUGCCAUUAAUAUAUGAUGUGUUAGACAUGUU